AUGUUAACUUAUGCCGUGGGUGCUGCCCUUAUGAUGAAUAUUUAUAUUGUUGGUCUAAAUCAGUUGUCUGAGAUUGAGAUCGACAAGCUGCCGCAAUUGCGAUGGAAAAGGUUUGCUUUGGUUGCAGCAAUGUGCAUCCUAGCUGUUCGAGCUGUGAUCGUUCAACUUGCCUUUUAUCUGCACAUUCAGACCCAUGUAUUAAGCAGAGCGGCUGUCUUUUCGAAGCCUCUAAUUUUUGCUACUGCGUUCAUGAGCUUCUUCUCAGUAGUUAUAGCACUGUUUAAGAAUAUACCUGAUAUUGAAGGAGAUAAAAUAUUCGGAAUCAAAUCUUACACAGUACGUCUCGGUCAAGAACGGAUGAGUUCAAGCGCAUCGAGAGUGUUUUGGACCUGUAUUUCACUUCUUGAAAUGGCCUAUGGUGUUUCUGUUUUGGUUGGAGCAACUUCUUCCUACACCUGGAGCAAUGUCAUUACUGUUUUGGGGCAUUCCAUCUUGGCUGCAGUUUUAUGGAUCCGUGUCAAAUCCGUCGAUUUGAAGAGCAAAGCUGCAUUAACAUCAUGUUACAGUUUUAUUUGGAAGCUCUUUUAUGCAGAGUACCUUCUGAUACCACUUAUAAGGUGAGUGGUGGAGCAUUUUAUAUAGCCCUAAAGGUGGCUUCCUCCGCAAGUAAAUAUCGAAAGAUGUCAACGAAACGCGAUAGUCGAAGAUGUAAAAA